UGAUAGGAGACAUAUAUACAUAUAUGAUGAAGAAGAAAACACUCAUCAUGACACUACCCUCACACCUUCAAUUUUUAUUGAUUUUAGCUUCUUUACAUGUAAUUCAAUCACAAAUCAUUCAAGACUCAUGCACAACUUCAAGUAUUGCGAAUCUCAAUGCUCAAAUCUUGUUUGAUGUAUCUUCUCUUAGUUGCUCAAGUGUUUGGUCUUCUGAAGGCUUCAUGCUUCGAUACUCACAAGCUGGGCCAAGUUUAUGGAGCUUCGUUUUGUCUGCACCCAACACGAACUCUUACGUAGCGAUGGGGUUUUCGCCCAACGGCGGAAUGAUUGGCUCCAGCGCCAUCGUCGGUUGGGUGUCCGGCGACAGUUCCGCCGCUAUGAGAAGGUAUUACCUCGGUGGAAAAACGCCAAGCCAAGUGUUAGCGGAUCAAGGAAACCUACAAUUUCUGCCGAACACAUCUUCGAUCAUUUCGUUUUCGUCUCAGAUGUAUCUAGCGUUUCAAUUGAACACAGAUUUACCAAGCCCGCGGCUGGUGUUCGCCGUCGGCAGCCGUAAUAACCAGGCUCCUACUCUGUCGAGCUUCCGGUUGACUGCUCAUCGGAAUCAGAUCGCCGUCGGCUUCAAUUACGCCUCAGGUGAAGGUAGUGAAGUUAGUUAUCCAUAUUCUGAUUUGAAAAGAAUUCAUGGGAUUUUGAAUGCGGUUGGAUGGGGUGUAUUACUCCCCAUUGGUGUUAUGAUUGCUCGUUACUUGAGGCAUGUAGAUCGAUUAUGGCUUUAUGCACAUUCAAGCAUCCAAUUAUCAGGGUUUGUUAUUGGAUUUUCAGGCAUAAUUACAGGACUUAUUUUAAAUGAUCGUAUCGAUAUCAACGUUGCCAAACACAAAGCCAUUGGCCUAAUCAUUAUUACACUUGGUUGUUUACAGGUUAUUGCUAUUUUAAUAAGACCAAGUAAAGAUUCAAAGGUGAGGAAAUAUUGGAAUUGGUAUCACCAUAAUGUAGGACGACUUUUGAUAUUAUUUGCAAUAUUCAACGUUUUCUAUGGCAUCUAUUUGGCGCAUGCGGGAAGUGAAUGGAACGUUACUUAUGGAGUAUUUCUUGGAAUUAUUGUCACAAUUGCCUUAAGUUUAGAGUUGAGGUUGUUAACGGAAGACUAAAAAGAACAUGUCUCUUAAGUCUUGAACUAACUGCUUCGUUAUUAUAAUAUAUAAUUUGUUGCAUUACUCAUUUUGUUUUUCUCUUUUUUCAUAUAGAUUUAUGUUUAGGUUAUGUAACAUGUAUCUCUUUGAGUAUGUCAAUGUGUAUAUAUGUUAAAAUAUUAUGGUUAUAUUAGCUUAGUUGGA